AUGAGGAUGUAUUUGACAAAUAUGUAUAACAAGUAUAAAGAGUUGAUCAUACGAAAACUGACAAUUUCAAGGAAAAGGCAGAUCUACUUAAUUAACAAUAGUUUGUUUUUGUCUUUUAUUUUGUUUUAUAUAUCUUAUUUUUUUUUUUUCAAUGGCAUAAUAAAUCCAGCUGUUAAAAUUAUAUUCCAUGGAAACGUCAUUGCAGACAACACGCAAGUGUACGAGAACUCCAUUCUGGAAUCAAUAUGGCUACUAUUCACGAAUAAAAGUUAUUUCAACAUGGCCAUGCUACUGUUGUUCUCAAUUAUCAUACCUAUACUGAAGUUCAUCAUGGUGAGUGAUAAUUUUUAUUGCUUCUUUAAAUUGUACAAUUUGAAUCUACAACAUGAAGAAGAAGAAAAAGAAGAGGAAGAAGAUGAUAUAUUUUUUAUUAACACAAUAAAUGAAAACGAGGAAUUUAUUUUUAAAAAGUUUAGUGUUUUAAGUUCAAUUUCAAGAUUUCAAUUUGUUGAUGUUUUAAUAUCCUUAUUUAUUGUCUCUUCUUUAAAUCUAUAUUUGAUGGAAGCCAAGAUAUUAAUUGGGGCAUAUCAUUUUCUAAAUUAUUGUCUUCUCUCCACCAUUUCUUCCUUUUUCUUACUUACUUUAACGUCUCUAAAAAUUAGAAUUUUUAAAAAUGGAAAUAUUAAAAUAUAUUCAUUAUCAGCGGAAAGACGCAUAAGCUUUAGAACCAACCAUCAAGUUGAUACACGUAAUGGAAGAGAAUUGGAAAAUCGAAAUAUAGCAGGGAUUGCACAAGUGAGGAAUGCUGAAGAUGUAAUAGAUAAUAAGGAUUAUGAAAACGUGAGAAAAUGUGUGCAGACAAAUAAGGAGAACGCAAAAAAUAAGCAAGAUAAGAAGGAAGAAGAUGAGGUGGAUGAGGCAUUGGGUAUCAGGUGCACUAACAGAGUAGACAAUGCGAAUGAAGAUAUUACAGAUGAUAAAAAUAAAGAAACCAUCAUCCAUGGGCCUAGGAAAGAUCACUGUGAGUGGGGCGAGGGGCCCAGAGUCGGCAUUGAUCAUGGUGAAGUGCACCCUAAUGAAGCAAUGCACCCUAAUGAAGCAAUGCACCGUAAUGAAGUAGUGCACCGUAAUGAUGUAAUGCACCAUCGUGGAAAAAGUCGUCGCGGAAUAAUCCACCGUGGUGCAGAACACGAAAAGGGGGCACGACACAGAACAGGAGUGCAACAAUAUGGAAAUAUGAUUUGGAAAGAUGGAGAAGAGGAAGAUGAGGAUUACGUGAAUAGCAGUUUGAAUUAUCGUACACAGAGCCCUGAGAGGGUUGGAGGUGGUGUUCAUAUUCUACAGGAGCGGUAUGAGUUAUAUGAGGCGCUAGAAUCUCAUGAGAGAUAUGAAAAACAACUACUUUGCUACAACAAAUUGCAAACAUUAAACAGUAUAAAUUAUUUGCAUAAAGUAAUGAAGAAUAACGAUGCGUAUAUAUAUUUAAAGAAGAAAAAAUUCAAUUCUUUACUGAAGUUGCAUUGUCAAGACAGUAGACUGAAUCGGGUUAAAAUUGGAUAUGCUAUUUUUUUGUUCCUCUUUCUGUGCUUAUGCAUAUAUUUAAUAACAGGAGUGGAGUGCAGUAUGGUUGGAAUUUACAUAUAUUUAAGUUAUUUUAAUUUCAAUGUCGAAGGAAUAGUAAUUGAUUAUUUAGACAUGUUAAACAUAUUGAAAUUGAAGAUUAAUAGGAGUUAUAUAUAUCCAUUUUUUGUUAUGUUGCCAUUCAUAUUUCCAUUAAUAAUUGGAUUUUCUUUUUUUUUAAGUGUUUUUUUUAUGAAUGUUUAUUAUUUUUAUUUUUCCCAAGGUUAUAAGAAAAUAUGUGCGUUUAAUGAAGAAUUGGUAUUUAGUCCAGAAAUAGAAAAUAAACAGAAGAUGAUGGUAUCAGAGAGAUACAAUUAUUUAUAUAUAAAAAAAGAAAUUGAAAAGAACGAUCGAUUGUCUAAUACAUCAGAUGAUUUGACAUCAUCACACAAUAGUACCAUUUCAAGUAGCAAAAGUGAAGAUAUAAACACAAGUUUUAUUUAUAAUAAAGUUUUAAAUUUUUACUUUUACUUAUCUGUUUUUUUCUCCUACAUUUGCUCCUUCUGUUUACAUAUAUCACUUGGAGAAAUAAUAUGUAUUUCCUUGUUAACCUUUUACCAAAUAGUUAAGCAUACGAAUAAUCUGAAUAUUGUCCUAUUGUACAGAAGUAGCAAAAUAAAAUUUUGCAAAUUUCUUCUUUUUGUGAUUUACGGAUUGUUAUGUUUUUCCAUUAAUCUGUACGUGAGAGAGUGGGAGAUUUAUAUACAAAAACUCAGAAAAACAAAGAAAAAAAUCACAUUAUUUGAGAAAAAUAGAUAUAGUGAAAUUGUAGACUUGAAUAUCCAGAAACAUGAACAUUGGAAUGUACCAAUGUAUUCCUACUUUUUUCAAUUUUUGUUAAAAAGAAAACAUUUUUUUAAUUAUAGUUCAAAAAAUAAUAAUACAACUAAAGAACAUACAGAUAAUACUGUUCAAACCAUGAUGGUGCACCGUGUGUAUGAAAAUAACACUAGUCUAGCAUAUCAAAACACCAGAGUUGACAAUGAAGAGAGCAAUGAAUUCAAUUUAACUUCGGAUAAGGAUUCCAAAAUUAGUGUCGACGAUGUGCACGUAGUAGAAGCAAAAGAGUCUCAAAAAACAGAUGAAAAAGAAAGAACAACUAAAAAUAAACAUUACAAUGAAUCUUUCACGGGCACUAAAGCAGUGAGUGGAACUGCGAGGCAUAACAAGAACAUUACUGAGAAUAAUAUCUACAAGGGAACUGGAUUGGGCAUGGAAAAAAUUCGUGAACGUGGAGCAGAAGUAGAAAAAGAAGAUGGUGAGGUGGAAGAUGAUGAGAAGGUGCAAUGUGGCAAGAAGGUGGAAUGUGGUAAGAAGGUAGAAGACGAUGAGAAGGUAGAACAUGGAGUAGGAGGACAUACAUCUUCGCUGGUGGUGGUAGCAGGAGGAGUGUCAGAGAAUGUGGACGAGAUGGUGCUAAUGAAAGAUACCAAGGGGAUUACAUCAGUGGAGGAGGAGAGAGCAGUAAGCGAAGCAAGUCAACUGAGUCAAGUUGGUAGUGAACCGAACGAAGCAAACGAAAUCGGUAAAGAAAAAAAAGGGUUAAAUUUUAAGGAAGCAAAGAAUUAUCUGAAAAAUAUGAUACCAAUUAAAUCCAUUUUGUUAUUCCAUUUGGAAAAAAGGAAAAAAAAGAAAAACAAAAAAAAUGUAAGAGCAUUAAUAAUAGGUGGAGGAGAAGGAGGAGGGUUCAUAGGGAGAUUAUUAGGAAAAUUAUUAGGAGUAUCAAAUCCAGAAAAAAUUCCCAAAAUAUUCAUUCUUCUUCAUUUCAUUUUGUUUAUUUUAAUUUUUAUAACUACAAUAAUGACAUUUUUUAAAAAAGAAAAUGUGUUCCAUUUCAAUAUACACGCAGUGAAUAGAAGAUUAAAUAAUUUUUUUAAGUCAGCUCAUUUCCAUUCUCUAAUACCAAGUAGUAUAGGAAAAUGUAAAACAAAGAAAUAUUUAGCUAAAGAACCAUGUUACAACAUUGGACAUAUAUAUCACGAGGAAAAAACUUUUUAUCAUGCAACUCUUUUAUUUUUACAAGGCAUUAGUUCGAUUAAAAUAGCUAAUUUACAUUUCUACUAUGAUAAAGGAAAAUAUUAUUUAAUAUUAGAUGGUUAUUUUAAGCAUAUUAUAGGACCCCUUUUUUUAAAAUUAUGUAUAGGAACCAACUUUUGCCCUAUUAGUACGUACGCUUUUUUAAUUGGAAGUAAACCUACAUUUUCUAUUACUAUAUCUGCACAUUGCAAUGACAAGAAACCACCAAAUUAUAUAACCGAUAUCGUCGUAAAAGAUUUGAAAAUUACCAAGAUUGAGGUUAUAAAACACAAUGAUAUUAUUGAAAAUUUGGAUAUACAACUGGAUGAUGUGCAAGAAAGAGUACAAGAGAAAGUGAAUACUAUGCUCGCUGAAAGGAGACGAUUGAUCGUAUGGAAGAACCACAAGUACACAUUGGAGGGGUUUAUUAACUAUUUGAUUUCGAAGAAUGCACUCGAUGCUUUUUCCUGCAAACCUAUGAACUACAACUUGUGA